UGAGACACAUUUAUUUUCAUACAGUUCUCGCGCGGCAAUUGAGCGAUAGAGAUGGAUAAAAAAAAGUAUCGGAGUUUUUUUUAUGCUAUAUAUUUAUCACAUCAGAUAUAUAUACCGUGAGUUAAAGAGAUGCUCCGCUCAACAAUAACAUCCGCCUUGUCCACGCUAAGCUAACCCUUUAAUCCAUCCGUAAUUCAUGUUAAUUAAGUCGUUACAUAUAUGAGCGAUAAUGCGCGCUGUAUUAUCUACAGUUUUCAUUCGCUUGAUCCCCUUCACGUCGUCGAUCCUUACACGUGACGGUUGCAGUUGAAAGUGAGACCGAUUGAGCAAUCACUCGCCUAUCUCUUCGGUAAGUUGAUAGCGAAACUGUUUGGAAACCAGUGCGUGCUACGGAAUCUCCAGUACGGAAAUUGGUUAACAUGGUAGAGACUAUGGUGGAGACGACGAUGGAGUUUACGCCGGUUUAUGACGAUGCAACCGCGCGUUCGCUCGUGAACGAAUUUACGAGACUUGAAGGCGAGUGCUACGUGGAUCACGCGGGCGCAACUCUGUAUUCGGACUCGCAGAUUAGAAACAUCGGUGCCGAUCUGCACGGCUCUCUCUACGCAAAUCCGCAUUCUAUUGGAGUCGGGAGUUUGUCGACACAGGACAUUAUCGAGCGUAUGAGAUACCGAAUUCUGAGCCACUUCAACACGAAUCCCGACGAGUAUAGUGUUAUCUUCACCUCGGGCGCCACUGCGAGUUUAAAGAUAGUCGCGGAAGGAUUCCGCUUUAUGAUGGAUGAAGGCGGCGAGACAAUUGCAACCCCGCGUUCGGGAAGUUUUGUUUACGUGCAAGACAAUCACACGUCGGUCCUCGGGAUGCGGGACGUAGUCGCUGCCAGAGGCGCCGAGGUCGUUUGUCUGGGUCACAAUCAUGCAUUUCAGAUUCUCGGUCAAGCACGUUCAAUAUCGCGCGAGUCCAACGGAAGACAGGAUUUAAGCAAUUCUCUCUUCGUGUAUUCGGCGCAAUGUAAUUUUUCCGGUCUGAAGUAUCCCCUUAAAUGGAUCGGUGACGUGCAUGCUGGAGCACUUUCCGUUUUCACUGACAGACCGUCCACCAAAUGGUAUGUUCUGCUCGACGCGGCUGGUUUUGUGUCGACGAAUAACUUGGACUUAUCUAUCUUCAAGCCAGACUUCGUGUGUCUGUCUUUCUAUAAAAUGUUCGGCUACCCCACCGGUAUCGGUGCCCUGCUGGUUAAAAACUCUAGUUCGGAUGUCUUAAAGAAAGUUUAUUAUGGUGGUGGCACUGUAGACGUCGCUCUUAGUUCUGAAAGAUUUCACAGAAAACGUCAAGUGUUGCAUCAAAGAUUCGAAGAUGGAACCGUGCCGUUUCUGUCUAUCGUGUCGUUGCAAUAUGGCUUCGAAAUACUUUCGAAGCUGACCAUGGACCAGAUAUCAAAGCAUGUUUUUUCUCUUGCAAAAACUCUGCAUCACUCUCUGUUAACGUUACAUCAUUGCAAUGGUAGACCAGUCGUGAAACUCUACGCCGAUUCCGACUACGAGGAUUGCGAUUCGCAGGGCGGUAUCGUCACGUUUAAUCUCAUCCGGUCUAACGGUGAAUACGUAGGGUACAUGGAAGUGGUGAAUAUGGCGGCGUUAUUCAAAAUACAUCUUAGAACAGGCUGCUUUUGUAAUCCCGGUGCAUGUCAGAGACACUUAUCUCUUUCGGCCAAAGAGAUUCUUCAAAAUUACGAAGCAGGAUAUACAUGCGGUGGUGCCGCGGAUUUAAUAAACGGAAGACCGACCGGAGCAGUGAGAAUCUCUUUCGGAUAUAUGUCCACAAUUGAAGACGUUCGAACGGUCUUAUGUAUGAUUACUAAGUGUUUCGUCGACAAGCCGUGCAUUAGAAAAUUUCCGCAGUGGUGGGAAGAUCACAAGAUGAGAAUUAGUAAAAAUAAACAUUUUUAUAAUUCUAACAUUUUAGAUUAUUCCAUUCCACAUAUUACAAAUAAUGAGAAAAAUAUUAUAAACAAUAAUUUACGCAACGAUGUCUAUAAUAAAAGUGAGAGCUUUGAUCGCAUCAUGAAUUCUAUAAAUUCUAGCAAAAUAAAUAUGCAAAUAAACAAAUGUACUCUGAAACGGUUAUUUAUAUAUCCUAUCAAAUCGUGUGGGGCAUACGAAAUUGCAGAUUCGUGGAAUUUAAAUUCAAAAGGUCUGGAAUAUGAUAGAGAAUGGAUGAUAAUGACAUCCUCUGGGACUUGCUUAACCCAGAAGCAUAAUACAAAUCUAUGUUUGCUUAAGCCUGUUAUUCUUAGACAGCAAAAAAUUAUGAAACUAAUAUAUCCAGGAAUGCCUACCAUUGAAAUACCAUUAGAAAACAUAUAUGAAAAAUCUAUGGAACAGCCUAUAUGUCAAAGCAGAGUGUGUGAAAGUAGAGUACAAGGUAUCGAUUGCGGAUCGGAAAUUUCCGAGUGGCUGAGUUUGGCAUUGGGAAAACCAAAUAUUAGAUUAAUUCGACAAAGUCAAGGGAGACAAAAGAAAGGAUUAGAUCAAGCAGAAUUAUCAUUUUCUAGUCAGGCACAGUUUUUGGCAGUAAAUGAAGCAAGCGUGUCAUGGCUUAUCGACAAAGUAUCCGAUGACUUAGAUUUCAAAAAAGAUACAGUCAUGCAUCGAUUCAGAGGAAACAUUAUCGUGGAAGGUUGUGAAGCCUUUGAUGAAAUGCAAUGGGAGCAUGUUCGCAUUGGAAAUAAUACUUUUAAAGUAAACGGACCUUGCACAAGAUGUCAAAUGAUAUGCAUUGAUCAAACAACUGGCAAGAAGACUAUCGAGCCAUUAAGAACAUUAGCAGAAGAGUUCCAUGGAAAGCUGAGAUUUGGAAUUUAUUUAACUAGAUUGGAGAAUACGCAAGGUAUGCUUAAGAUUGGCGAUUGUAUCUUCUAUUCAUAAAGAAAUGUUUUCUAAAUAAAUUAUUAUCUAAACUUUAUGCAUAAAAUUUAAGCAAAAAAUUUCAUAUACUUUAUGAAAUAAUAUACUAAUUGAUAUAUAAUUAUGUAUAUUUAUAAAAAUUUUUUAUUUCUGUAAUAAAUAUAAAAAACCGAGUUUCUUAUUUUGUACCUGAUCUGUAAUAAAACGAGUUUAUAAUAGUA